GAGGAGGGGAAGGUAAUGAGUGUGACUCCUCUGGUCCCUUCUCUUCUCCUUCCUCCUCUUCCUCUGGGCGGCCAUGAAGGGAGGCUUUUGGUGGCUUCUGCAGAAAGACUGGGAGGAGAAUCAGAGCUUCUCUUUGGAUUGAACUUCUUUUCAAUUUCCUUUUAACUCUCAAGGCUGGAUUAACUUGGUAGAAGAUCUGGAGCAAUGUCCUCCUUGGACAUGCAUAUGAGCUGUUGAAGAAGCAGCAGCAUAGAGAAUUAAUAAAUAAGUAGGUCAGCCCUGAACAGGAAGGUCCUGGUGCAGCCCAAGCAGAGGUGGAGGGACAGCAAAGAAGGGGAAAUGGCAACAACUACACUGCUCAAGCUGUGGGGUGAUCAGGUGGACUCUGAAUCAUUGCCUCUUGGUGGCGGAACAGAAAUUUCUCCUUUGCAGUCACCUCAGUGGCUGGCAUUCUUUGAGGAGGUGGCUGUGCAUUUUUCCAAGGAAGAAUGGGAUCUUCUGGAUCCAAGCCAAAGGGCUCUCUACAAAGAAGUCAUGCUGGAGAAUUAUGAGAUUGUAGCCUCUCUGGGUGGUGCUUGGAACAAUGAGAACUAUCAGAAUCUAUCUCAGAAACAGCAUCUAGUGUCGAUGGAAAUCACCAAAUAUGAUAAUGGCAAAGAAUCUGGAAAGAGUUUUAGUGAGAGUCAACCACUUUCUCAACAUCAAGGGGAUGAGAAAGAAGAAAAACCUUUUGCCUGUAUACUAUGUGGAAAGAACUUCAGUGUGAGCUCAGAACUUCCUCUACCUGAAGGAAUUCACACAGAGGAAAAGCCAUAUAAAUGUAUGGACUGUGAAAAAGUAUCUAGUAUGAGCUCAAAUAUUGUAGCACUUGGAGGAAUUCACACAGAAGAGAAGCCUUAUAAAGGCAUGGAGUGUGGAAAGGUUGUUAGUAUGAGCUCAGAUGUUACUAACCAUGAAGAGACUCAAACAGGGAAGAAGUCAUAUAAAUGCAAGGUGUGUGGAAAGAACUUAGGCAGUAGCAGAUCUCUUUCUGCCCAUCAAAGAACUCACACAGGGGAGAAACUGUAUAAAUGUGUGGUUUGCAAAAAGAGCUUCAUUCGGAAAGAUCAUCUAGCAAAGCAUCAGAGAACUCAUACAGGGGAGAAACCAUAUAAAUGCACAGAGUGUGGCAAAAGUUUUAGUGAUAGUGGAUCACUUAUUGUCCAUCAAAGAAUUCACACAGGAGAGAAACCAUAUAAAUGCAUGGACUGUGGAAAAAGCUUCAUUCAGAAUGGACAUCUUAGACAGCAUCAAAGAACACACACAGGGGAAAAACCAUAUACAUGCAAGGACUGUGGAAAGAGCUUCAGUCAGAAUGGGGACCUUAGGCAGCAUGAAAGGACUCACACAGGAGAGAAACUGUAUAAAUGCACGGAGUGUGGAAAAAAUUUCAGCGACAAUCGAUCACUUACUGUACAUGAAAGAAUUCACACAGGGGAGAAGCCAUAUAAAUGUAUGGAGUGUGGAAGGAGCUUCAGUGUUCAUGGAUCGCUUACUAAACAUCAGAGAACUCACACAGGGGAAAAACCAUAUAGAUGCAUGGAGUGUGGAAAGAACUUCACUGAUAGUGGAUCACUUGCUGUACAUGAAAGAACUCACACAGGUGAAAAACCAUAUCAAUGUACAGAAUGUGGUAAGCGUUUCGGUCAGAAAAGACAUCUUAGGAAACAUCAAAUAACUCACACUGGGGAGAAACUGUUUAAAUGCACAGAAUGUGGAAGGAGCUUCAGUGAUAGUGGAUCACUUACUAUACAUCAGAGAAAUCACACAGAUGAGAAGCCAUACAAAUGCAUGGAGUGUGGAAAGAGCUUUAGUGUGAGCACAUAUCUUAUUAUACAUGAAAGAACUCACACUGGGGAGAAGCCUUACACAUGCAUGAUAUGUGGAAAGAACUUAAGUAGUAGCGGAUCACUUGCUGUACAUGAAAGAACUCACACAAGUGAGAAACCAUUUAAGUGUAUGAAAUGUGGAAAGAACUUCAUUCGGAAAGAGCACCUUAUGAACCAUGAAAGAAUUCACACUGGAGAGAAACCAUAUGAGUGCACAGAGUGUGGAAGGAAUUUCAGUGACAGUGGAUCACUUACUAAACAUCAAAGAACUCACACAGGGGAGAAACCAUAUAAAUGUACAGACUGUGGAAAGAGCUUUAGCCAAAAUGGGCACCUUAGGCAGCAUCAAAGAACUCACACAGGGGAGAAACCUUAUAAAUGUAAGGAGUGUGGAAAAAGCUUCAGUCAGAAUGGUGACCUUAGGCAGCAUGAAAGAACUCAUACAGGAGAAAAACCAUAUAAAUGCAUGGAGUGUGGCAAAAGCUUCGGUGAUAGUAGAACACUAACAGUGCAUGAAAGACUUCACACAGGAGAGAAGCCUUAUCAGUGCAUGGAGUGUGGGAAACGCUUCAAUCUGAGUGGAUCACUUACAAAACACCAAAGAACCCACACAGGGGAAAAACCAUAUAAAUGUAUGGAGUGUGGAAAGUGCUUCAGUGAGAGUGGGACACUUCUUAAGCAUGAAAGAACUCACACAGGAGAGAAACCAUAUAAUUGCCUGGAGUGUGGAAAGAGCUUCGGUAAGAAAGAACAUCUUAGACAUCAUCACAGAACUCAUACAGGGGAGAAACCAUAUAAAUGUGUGAGGUGUGGAAAGUGCUUUCGUUUGAGUGCACACCUUACAGCGCAUGAAAGAAUUCACACUGGGGAAAAGCCCUAUAAAUGCAUGGUGUGUGGAAAGCGCUUCAAUCAAAAGGGGAACCUUUGGAAGCAUCAAAAAACUCAUGAAGGAAAUAAACCCUGUAAAUCUACAGAUGCUUUUGUAACCUUCAAGGUUACAAAAGCACUUGAGAGAAAUGAAUACCCCGAAAGGACAGCAGGCAGUGGAACAGCUUCAGACACACAUUUGGGACUGUCUCUUCUGCAUAGUCCAAUAGAAAGCAUAACCAUGAAGACACAUCAGCAGCUGCUGUCCUUUGAGGAGGUGGCUGUGUAUUUCUCCAAGGAAGAGUGGGAUCUCCUGAAUCUAGACCAAAGGGCUCUCUACAAGGAAGUCAUGAUGGAGAACUAUGGGAAUUUUUCUUCUCUGAAAGUUCCCAAACCACUCCUUAUCACCUUGCUGGGAAAAAGAGGAAUCCUGUUGGUCCAGGACUCAGAGGAACAGAAGAGAUUGACAGGUAGUGCAAUGCCAGAGCAUACUGACAGUGGGUCACUUCAUGGUGGUAGAUCAAACAGAGCUACCAUGCAGCCAUCUGAGUGGCUGGUGUACUUUGAGGAGGUGGCUGUGUAUUUCUCCAAGGAAGAGUGGGAUCUCCUGGAUCCAAGCCAAAGGGUGCUCUACAAGGAGGUCAUGCUGGAGAACUACCGGAUUGUAGCCUCUUUGGGAAUUUCCAAACCGGACCUCAUCUUCUACCUGGAAGAAGGAGAUGAUCCAUUUGUCCCACCUGCUGCACAACAGAAGAAAUUGACAGGUCAUGGUCGGGGUAACAAGAACUCUCAGAAGCCAUCUGCAGUAUCACUGGAAAUGAGCAAGUAUGACGAGAAAAGAGAGUUAUUUGGGAAUCAAAGGGGACCAAAAAAUCACAAGCAAAACCAGUCUAAGAAAGGAAAGAAGAAAUCGUUUAGUUCUCAAGAGGCUCAAAUCACUGAACUGAUCACUCAAGAAGAUCUGAAAGGAAAGAAAAGGAAAAAAUUGUCAGUCUUGGGGAAGAAAAUUCCAAAGAAUUCAAAAUUAAAAAGACUUUGCAGAAGCCACAUAGCUGAUAAGCCACAUGUGUGCAUGGAGUAUAAAAACAGCUUCUGUUAUAGAAGAAUAUUUACUAUACAUAAAAGAAUCCAUGGACCAGAGAAGCUGUUUAAUUGCAUGGAGUGUGGAAAGAGCUUCAAACAGAGUGGGACACUUACUAGACAUCAAAGAAUUCACACAGGAGAAAAACCAUAUCAGUGCAUGGACUGUGGAAAGAGAUUCAGCGACAAUGGAAAACUUACCGUGCAUCGAAGAAUUCACACAGGAGAGAAACCAUACCAAUGCAUGGAGUGUGGAAAAGGUUUCAGUGUGAAUGGGAAACUUACUAGACAUCAAAGAAUUCACACAGGGGAAAAGCCAUAUAGAUGCUUGGAAUGCGGAAAAUACUUCAGUGACAGUGGAACGCUUACUAUACAUCGAAUAAUUCACACAGGGGAAAAGCCUUAUAAAUGCGUGGAGUGUGGAAAGAGUUUCAGUACCAAUGCAAGACUAAUUAGGCAUCAGAUAAUUCACACGGGAGAAAAACCAUAUAAAUGCAUAGAAUGUCGGAGGAGCUUCAGGGAGGAAACAAAACUUAUUCAGCAUCAAAGAAUUCACACGCUUGCGAAGCUGUACAAAUGUAUGGAGUUUGAAAACAGCUGUGAUGCUAAUGGAAAAUUUCCGAUACAUCUAAGAACUCACAUACUGGAGAAGCCAUAUAAAUGUGCAGAUUGUGGAAAGAGCUACAUUGACAGCAGAAACCUUGCUGUACAUUCAAGAACUCACACAGGGGAGAAACCAUACCAGUGCAUGGAGUGUGGAAAGAGCUUCAUUCAGAAAGGGAACCUUACACAGCAUCAAAGAACUCACACAGGGGAGAAACCUUAUAAAUGCAUGAAAUGUGAGAGGCAGUUCAGUACUGGUGGCUCUCUUAUAAAGCAUGAAAGAACUCACACAGGGGAGAAGCCAUAUACAUGCACCGAGUGUGGCAAGAGCUUCCGCGAUAGUGGGACACUUACUAGACAUCAUAGAACCCACACAGGGGAGAAGCCAUAUAACUGUAUGGAAUGUGGAAAGAGCUAUUGUCGGAAAGAGCUCCUUAGGCAGCAUCAAAAGACACACGGGAGAAAUCUCAUAAAUGUAUGCGGUUUGAAAAGAGCUUCCAUGAAACACCAAGCUCUUUGUUAAUGUCAGUUCACACAGAGGAGAAGCCAUCCAUAUAAGCGAAUGGAGUCUAGAAAGUCCUUCCCACCUAAGAACCAAUGUGGGGAAAACUACUUAAAGGCUUUGGCAUGUGGAAUGAUUAAAUGAUAGCUGGAAAAUUUCUCAACAUCAAAGUACUCACAAAUGGAGAACACAUAUAUAUGUGUGUUGUGUAGAAUAUGCUUCAUAGAGAGCUUAAAUUUGGUUUACCGUAUGUACGCGACUAUAAAUCGGCCUCAUAUAUAAGUCAAAGGCUAGUUCUGGGGUAAAAAUUAUGGAUUUUGAUAUGACUUGUGGAUAAGUCGACUUAGGGGCAUAUAAUGAAGGAUGUAAAAGAUGAAGUAAAGGGAAAUAAUGCC